AUGGCCAAUUCAUCGGGAUCGACGCCCUCACCCACCCACAGUUGGCACUCAUCGCCCGAAAGCAGAGCGACGACGCCCGAAGGAGCACAGAGGGAUGUUGAAUUCUUUGGCGAUGACGCGUUACCGGUCCACGGGCACGGGGCGGCUCACGGCGCACAAAGGAACGACGAGCCUCAGGCGCAGCUUUCAGGAGACCUCCGCGAAGAGAUACUGAGCGACAUCCCCUCGCUCCGCCGACAGCACAUGACCGAUGGGUACCGCGAGGGCCUCUCCGUGGCCAAGGCGCGGGUGAUGCAGCGUGGGUUUGACGCGGGCUAUCCCCUAGGCGUAGAACUUGGACUACGCGUGGGCAAAGUGCUGGGGGUGUUGGAAGGCAUCAUCCAUGGCUCCAAAGGCAGCAAGCCUCGUUCGACCGGAAACCCCCCAGAAGCAGGACCGAGUUCUUCUACCAAUGAGGCCACUCUCGACGGGGUCAAUGAUGGCGCGAUGGCCGCCACCCCGACGAAAAGAGUGGCCGACAUAGCCUUCAUGACCCUCAUGUACAGCCGCGCCCAAAAGGAGCUAAGUGUCUCGGAACUCUUGAAGUCCGUGACUGACGAGACGGUCGCCGCAAUCCCAGAAGACGCCAGUGCUGGCGCCGUCGACGAUGGCAGCGGCCAACACGAGGCGGCGGGCGGCAACAAGAAAGCCGAAGUAGACGCAGUAUUGCUGCCGGCGGAGAUCGAGGCCGCGCUCGAAAAGUGGGAACGGAUGGUGUUGGGCGCGUUUUGA